CACCUCGCUCCGGUUUUGCGGGGUAUAAAGCCAGCAAGCCCCUCUCCACCCUGUCCCCCACCUGGCAGGCUCCUGGGCAGGGUCAAUGGCCGAGCUGCCCACCCCAGAUCUGCCCCCGGCCCGCUGCAGCGGCCGCUUCACCAUCAGCACCCUCCUGGGCAUGGAGGAGGGGGGCCGGGGGCCCUACACACCCACCGAGGGGUCCAGCUGCGACAGCGCCCAGCCCACCCAGCUGUCCAGCAGCACCCUCUGCACCAGGACCUUCGGCUACAACACGGUGGAUGUGGUGCCAGCCUACGAGCACUACGCCAACAGCAAGGGGGUGGGCGACCCCAGGAGGGGCAGGCCCUCGCUGGCUGACCUGCACUCCAUCCUCAAGCCUGACCCAGGCCGCCGUCACACGCCGGUGUCUGACCUGCAGCAGAGCAAUGGCCUGCCAGAGGCCGGGCCGGAGGCUGGGCUGGAGGAGGCAGAAGGGGAGCCAGGCAGAGACUCCGUGCCAGAACCUGUCCGCUUUGGAUGGGUGAAGGGCGUCAUGAUUCGCUGCAUGCUGAACAUCUGGGGAGUUAUCCUCUACUUGCGCUUGCCCUGGAUCACUGCCCAGGCAGGAAUCGCCCUGACAUGGCUCAUCAUCCUCAUGUCUGUGACAGUGACCACCAUAACCGGCUUGUCCAUCUCUGCCAUAUCCACCAAUGGCAAAGUGAAGUCAGGAGGCACCUACUUCCUCAUCUCGCGGAGCCUCGGGCCGGAGCUGGGCGGCUCCAUCGGGCUGAUCUUUGCCUUUGCAAAUGCAGUGGCCGUGGCCAUGCACACAGUGGGCUUUGCUGAAACUGUCCGGGACCUGCUGCAGGAGCACAAUUCCCUCAUCGUGGACCCCACCAAUGACAUCCGAAUCAUUGGGGUCAUCACUGUGACAGUGCUGCUGGGCAUCUCCCUGGCUGGCAUGGAAUGGGAGGCCAAGGCACAGAUCCUGUUCUUCCUGGUCAUCUUGGUUUCCUUCAUUAACUACCUGGUGGGGACGGUGAUCCCAGCUACUGCUGAGAAGCAAGCGAAGGGCUUCUUCAGCUACCGAGCUGAUAUCUUUGCUCAGAACUUUGUGCCGAACUGGCGUGGACCUGAGGGCUCCUUCUUUGGCUUGUUUUCCAUCUUCUUCCCAUCUGCAACCGGUAUCCUGGCUGGGGCCAAUAUUUCAGGUGACCUGAAGGAUCCUGCCGUGGCCAUCCCCAAGGGCACCUUGAUGGCCAUCUUCUGGACCACUAUGUCCUACCUGGUGCUUUCUGCUACCAUUGGUGCCUGUGUGGUGCGAGAUGCUUCAGGCAGCCUGAACGACAGCGUGGCCGUGGGCUCGCCGGGCUGUGAGGGACUGGCCUGCAGCUUCGGCUGGAACUUCACCGCCUGCACCCAGCAGCAGAGCUGCCGGUAUGGGCUCAGCAACUACUACCAGAGCAUGAGCAUGGUGUCUGGAUUUGGCCCCCUCAUUACAGCAGGGAUCUUUGGUGCUACCCUCUCCUCAGCAUUGGCCUGCCUUGUCUCAGCCCCCAAAGUCUUCCAGUGUCUCUGCAAGGACCAGCUCUAUCCUCUCAUCGGCUUCUUUGGGAAGGGCUAUGGGAGGAACAGCGAGCCCAUCCGUGGCUACAUGCUCACCUACGUCAUUGCUGUUGGCUUUAUCCUCAUCGCUGAGCUCAAUGCCAUCGCCCCCAUCAUCUCCAACUUCUUCCUCUGCUCCUACGCCCUCAUCAACUUCAGCUGCUUCCACGCCUCCAUCACCAACUCCCCAGGCUGGCGACCCUCCUUUCGGUAUUACAGCAAGUGGGCUGCACUCUUUGGAGCUGUUGUCUCAGUGGUCAUCAUGUUCCUGCUGACCUGGUGGGCAGCCCUCAUUGCCUUCGGGAUCGUCAUCUUCCUCCUGGGAUACGUCCUCUACAAAAAGCCAGAUGUCAACUGGGGCUCCUCCAUGCAAGCCAGCUCCUACAACAUGGCCCUCAACUACUCAGUGGGGCUGAGUGAAGUGGAUGAGCACAUCAAGAACUACAGACCGCAGUGCCUGGUGCUGACCGGCCCACCCAACUUCCGCCCGGCUCUGGUGGAUUUUGUGGGGACCUUCACCAAGAACCUCAGCCUGAUGCUCUGUGGCAACGUGCUGAUUGGACCACAGAAGCAGAAGAUGCCAGAGUCCCGUCUGAUGGCAGAUGGCCACACUAAGUGGCUAAUGAAGAGGAAAAUCAAGGCCUUCUACACGGAUGUGGUGGCUGAGGAUUUGAGAAGUGGUGUCCAAAUGCUCAUCCAGGCUGCUGGCCUUGGGAAGAUGAGACCUAACAUCUUAGUGCUGGGCUACAAGAGGAACUGGCGGACGGCAUCUCCACAGAGCCUGGAGGACUACGUGGGCAUCCUGCACGACGCGUUCGAUUUCAAGUACGGCGUGUGCUUAAUGCGGAUGAAGGAAGGGCUGAAUGUUUCCCGGGUGCUGCAGGCACAUGUUAACCCCACGUUUGAGGCAGCACAGCACCCUGAGAAUGGCACUGGCAGCAGAGCAGCCCCAGGCACAGCAGUGGACCCCACCACGUUGGCCAGUGAGCAGCAGGCGAGCACCAUCUUCCAGAGCAAGCAGGGCAACAAGACCAUUGACAUUUACUGGCUCUUUGAUGAUGGAGGUCUCACGCUGCUCAUCCCUUACCUGCUGGGGCGCAAGAAGCGGUGGGGAAAGUGCAAAAUCCGGGUGUUUGUCGGCGGGCAGAUCAACAGGAUGGACGAGGAGAGGAAGGCGAUUGUCUCUCUGCUGAGCAAGUUCCGCCUCGGCUUCCAUGAGGUCCACAUCCUCCCUGACAUCAACCAGAAACCCCGGCCAGAGCACAUCAAGAGAUUUGAUGACCUCAUCGCUCCCUUCAGGCUGAACGAUGGCUUCAAAGACGAGGCCACAGUGAAUGAGAUGAGACAGGGCUGUCCCUGGAAGAUUUCUGAUGAGGAGGUCGAUAAAAACAGAGCCAAGUCGCUCCGACAAGUGAGGCUGAAUGAGAUUUUGCUGGAUUACUCACGGGAUGCAGCACUCAUAGCCAUGAAGGGCCGCUGCCCCAGCGCCCUCUACAUGGCCUGGCUCGAGACCCUCUCCCAGGACCUCAGACCCCCCAUCAUCCUCACACGGGGAAACCAAGAGAACGUCUUGACCUUUUACUGCCAAUAAAACCUCCUGCAUUCCUGAUGA